AUGGCCCCGCUGGCCCCGCGGUGCCCGGGCUCCACCGCGGCCGCCCCACUGGUCAGCCAGGCGCGUUCAUGGGGGGCCUCGGGCGAGCCCCCCUGUGGGGUCAGGAAGGCUCAGGGCGCCCGCUGCCAGGGGUCCAGAGUCCCAGUGGGGAUCUUGAGCCCGCCCCCGCCCCCGCUCCCGCCCCCCAGCCUGGCUCGGGGAGCCCCAGGGCGGCCCCGCGGGCCUCAGGAGGGCUGUGGGGGAGAAGGAUGGGGAGGAGGAGGCAACGAAUCGGUUCGGGGUCCUCCCCGCCCUCCCUCUCCUGGAGCAGUCCUGCAGCGCUCCCGCGACUCGCCCUUACCUCCUCCACCCCGCGGCGAGGCCAGGCCCCGCGGCCCUGGGUUGGGGGUGCCGAGGCGGCCCCCGGGUGCCCGGUCCAGACGCAGGGCCGCCUCGGGGCCUCGGAUCCCGUCCCCCUCCGCAGCCUCGGGUGGCCGCCGCCGCUUGGGCCCCCGCCUCCCUCUCGGGGCGGGGGCGGCAGAGCCUCCCAGCCAGUCGCAGCGGGAGGGGCGCACAAACCGAGUGGGGGAAGGAUGGAGAAGGAGGAGGGAGGAGGGGGCGCGAGGCCGAAGGAAAGGAAGAGAUGGGGGAGGGAGGCGGCGAGGAAGUGGGGCGGAGCCGGCCCCUCCUCCGGGGCGGGCUCUGCUGAGAGCUGGGGCUCGGCAGUCGCCGCCAGAAGCAGCUGCGCUGGGACCCCCCUUUUCCGCUGAAGGUGGCUUCGAUGGGGGAGGGGUCCGUGGCGUCGCCCGCGGGGUGCAGAGAGCGCUAGCGCCGCGUUCCUCCCCGGUCCGUGUCUUCCUGGUUCCCGGCACCGCCCAGUGCCCUCUCCCCGCCCCAGGCACGUCAAGCUGUGGCCUCUGCUGCCCACCUUUAGGGAUUGUAGCCAAAGCCGAGCCUCUCUGCCCUAACCCUCACUCUUGCUUGGGCCUGCUCCCCUUCGGGGCAAAACCCGAGGUGGGCGGUGCUGCUGGUUGGGAAGGGGACCGGCGCCACGGUUCCUAA